AAUCAAUAUACAACAUUUAUUUUUAGACUGUCACACUCGACCUAUCGUAGUUUUACUUUAUCUGUACUUUCGGUACAAUGGCAGAUGCAUCAAAGGGACCAGGUAACAGGAUUGCUGUUGUGGCUAUGGAUGGAAGUGAAGCAUCAGAAGCGGCACUAGAUUUUUUUGUUAAGAAUGUUUACCAUGAAGGCUUCGAAGUCGUUCUUAUGUACUGUGUUCACCAUAGAGCACAGAACACUUAUGGAUCUGUUUGGAUGCCCGUAGAACCACAUUUGGUUGUGCAUGCAUACCACGAAGAGAGAAAGAAAGGAGAAGAGGUCUGUAAAAAACUGAAAGCCAAACUUGACACGUACAAGAUUGGUGGACAAGUCAUUCAGUUAGACGGCGGUGAUCCAGGCCACACAAUAGUUCAGAAAUCUGAGGAAUUAGGGGCCAGUUUAAUUGUUGUUGGCAGCCGAGGUUUAGGGGCCAUUAGACGUACACUUAUAGGAAGUGUUAGUGAAUAUAUACUCCAUCAUUCAAACAUUCCUGUGUUCAUUUGUAAACAUUAAUUAAAAUAUAUGUUGUGUG